AGCAGACCAGAGUAAGAGAAGAAGAAACUAUGGCAGAGAACAAGAUGGGGCAAAACAUUGGGGCUGGGGCUGGAAUUUUUGCCAAACGAGUACAAAAGUCAUUGAAUCGUGCUCAGGAAAAGGUCAUGCAGAAGCUGGGGAAGAACAUGGAGACUAAAGAUGAACAGUUUGAGCAGCACUCCCAGAACCUUCUCAAACAACAGAAUGAUGGGGGAAGACUAUUCAAAGAAGUCCAAGCGUACUUCCGUGCAGUGAAAGUGAUGCAUGAGACAUCCAAGCGACUGUCCCAGAUGUUAAGAGACAUCUACGAACCUGACUGGCAGGGAGGAGAGGACCUGUCUGUCAUCAUGGAGAGUGAGGACUUGCUGUGGAACGAUUACGAAGAGAAACUAACAGACCAAAUAGUCCGCACCAUGGAGAAUUACACUGGCCAGUUUCAGGAAGUCAAGGAACGAUUGGCCAAACGCGGUCGGAAGCUAGUAGACUACGAUUCCUCACGGCACCACUUGGAGGCGCUGCAGAAUGCCAAGAAGAAAGACGACGCCAAAAUCACAAAGGCAGAGGAGGAGUUCAACAUAGCCCAGAGUGUGUUUGAGGAAAUCAACAAAGAGAUGAGGGAGGAGCUGCCUGUUCUCUAUCAAAGCCGGAUUGGCUGUUACGUGACCGUCUUUCAAAACAUUUCCAACCUGAGGGAUGUCUUCUAUAAGGAAAUAAGCGUGCUGAACCACGAGCUUUACAGUGUGAUGAAGAAGCUGGAGACUCAGCAUUCAGGAAAAGCAUUCAUCAUCAAAGGCCUCAACAGCACCAAGUCCAAGAAGAGGAAAUCCCUGGUCAUCUCGGCACCCAUCCCCUGUAACACUGCCUUCCCCUCGGACCACACAUCCCUCCAAGCAUCCGCAGCCCCCGAAAACAGCAACGAGACUGUCCUGUCCAGCCACGAGACCCACACCCAGAGCAUCUCUGAGGAGCACGUUUCCCUCGCAGGAGAGGCAGAUGAGGGCACUCACAGCGUCCUCACGUCAGAAACGUCCGACUUCUCAGACGAGCUAAGCUCCAACGGCGCUGCUACGCCCAACAGGCGGUCGGCGUGUGACAGCGACAACGGGGUCGGGAGCGACGUCGCGUCAGAGGGUCUGAGUGAUGUCCCAGAGGGUGGGGCUUCAGAGGAGCAGGGCCCUAGCCAAUCUGUCGGAAAAGGGCAGGUUCAAAUGUCAGAGGUGACUGGGUGUGAAGUCACAAUCAGUCAGGAGGCUCUUCCAAUGUCCACAGGGAGCGACGUCCCACAUGACACUGAGCAGGAGAGUGCGCCUGUUUCUCCAGAGAAUGGUAAAGCCAAGCCCCCACCUCGUCCUGCUCCACGCUGCUCCUUCCCCCCCUCUGAGAGGCACUCCUUCCCCCCUGCGGAGGCCAGCCAGGUGGAGAUGAAGGUGGAGGAGGGAGAAGGGGCUUCCCAGGCCCUGCAGGCAGGUGAUGCAAAGAAGACUGGAAAUUACUCAGACUCCCAGAAUCCACCUGGUUUCCUUAUCAAGGGAGUGGCGCUGGAGGGUCACGCUUCAGAAGACGGAACGCUGCAGUUUGAUGUGGAAGACGUGAUUCUCAUGUUUGCCAACACAGAGGAGAAGCAGGAAAGCAUGGUGAAGGGGGUGAGGGAGAAGACCUGUAUCCAGCAGGGAGAUCUAUCAGAUUCAGAAUGAGCCAAUGGUGGCCUUUCGUUUCCUGCUGUCGUGACUCAGUACAACUGCACACAAAAUGGCAAUGGACCAAGAUGGUGUGGAGGACUUCUUAAAAAAAGAGAGAAAAAAAGAGGAACACAAGCCCCAUGUGAUUAUCACUCACAUGCUUCCAUGUCGCAACUUGUUGGUAGAUACUGAUGAGUUUCAUACCUACCGGGAGAUUUUUGCAGAAUGUUCUGGAUUGUUCACCCAUGAUUGUCUAAUCUACAGUAUUUUGCCCUUGUUUGUAUUGUUAUUGUGUAAGUCUAGAAACUGAAAUGUAUAGAAACCCUCUUUGUAUUGAUGCCGUUGAAAGAUGUAUAGUUUAAUAAAGUUAAGUGCUGAGAGCAGUGGAGCUGUUGUUCAAAGAGCAGUAAGAAAAAACAGCUAUAUUUCAGCAUACUUACCAUUCUGUCUAAAAUGGGUUUCAUGUGUUUUUAGGGCAGUUACUUUUCCAUAUGCCCCUAAGUCAACGUUUCCCAAACUCAGUCCUCGGGACCCCAAGGGGGUUUGGUUUUUGAAUCAGCUGUGUAGUGCUAGGGCAAAAACAAAAACGUGAACCCCUUGGAGUCCCGAGGACAGAGUUUGGGAAACCCUGCCCUAAGUAGUCAAGCACCUGUGUAUGACACUUUACAGCACAAGGUGGCGGUAGUGGUCUAACACUUAAACUACAGAGAUGAGCCUUUUCCACUUGAGAUGCUUUUCCAAGUUUUUUUGCAGUGAUUUUGAAGCUAUAUUAGCAUCAAUUUUAUAAAUCCCAAUGCCCUACAGUGGUUGCUCAUUUAAAAGUUGUGUCAUACUCCAGCACAGCUUGCGGGCUGCUGCAGCAUUCUGUGGCACGUUAUCUAAUUGUCAGUCAUUUUUUUCUGUUAAUGCAA